AUGCUGGCUGGUCUCGGUGCUUCCGUUGCCGUCACUUUGCUAGACUUGUCUGAGGAUGAGAGGUUGCUAAUCCUGCGGGGAUGUGCUGGUCUGGAGGGAAACGGUGCUGAGCUAGAGGGCUUGCAGACGCUGCGUGCAGCGGCCCUGCAGUUGGCCGAGGCUUCUUGGUCUGCGGCGGACUCCGAGGCUUUUCUGUGGGUGGUCGGCGCGUGCCGGUCGCAGUCUUCCGGCGGCUUGCUCGUUCGCCGGUCCAAAGCGAGAACUGGCUAUGAAACGUCUGGCGAAAGGUCGGCGACUUUGCUCUUUCUAGAGUCAGCAGGCGAGUUGCUGGAGGCGGACAAGAUCCAGAUCAGUCGCCACCCGGCUAUUCGCAACAGUCUGGAAGAGCUGGUCGUAGAACUGUCAGACAAGGAUCUGCGUGGCAAGCGGCAGGGGUGUCAGCUGCUGGUGUCGCAGGUUUGCGUCAUGGAACGUCUCGUGGUGUGUGGCAAGGGAGCAGGCGAUUUGGAAGCGAUCAAGUCCUUGGACCGCGACCUGGCAGGUCUUCUGCAGUGUAAGGACAUCUCUUUACGGACGCAAGCCUUGCUCGCAACUAAGAAGGUGAAGACCAUCAGUCGCUUGUCGGCGAUGGCGGAUGACCGUGGCGUCUGUGGUGGUCUUCCAAAAGUCGUUGCGCACACUGAGCUGGCCCAACUGAGGGAGAGGUUCGAAGCUUUCUUCUACAGCUUGCCGCACAAGUUGAUGCCAGCCAAUGCCAUGCUGGAGCAGCACUUUGACGGGGUGGACAAUGGAGAGUUUCAAAAUCUUUCUUUAAAGGAGUUUGCGUCCAGGGAGGAC